AUGGAUUUCCACAAGCUUCUCUUCUCCAUCGGGGAGGAGCUGGCGGCCGACGACCUGGAGGCCCUCAAGUUCCUCUGCCUGGACUUGAUCCCGCUGAAGAAACAGGAGACCAUCCAGGAUGCCCUGGGCCUUUUCUGGCUGCUCCAGGAGAAGGGGAGGUUGGAGGUGGGAAAACUUUCCUUCUUAAAGGAGCUGCUCUUCCGAAUUCACCGGAUUGACCUGCUGACGACUCACCUGGGGACCAGCCAGGAGGACGUGUCGAGGGAGCUGGAGGAGCCGGGAAGGGCCCAGGUCUCUGCCUACAGGGUCCUACUCUUUACGCUCUCGGAUAACGUAACCAGAGACGAACUGAAGUCGAUCACUUUUCUUUUGAGCAAUGAACUCCCCAAGUCCCGCCUGGACAAUAAGACCCUGAUGGGCAUUUUCAUUGAGAUGGAAAAGAAGGGCAUCCUGGGAGAAAACAACUUGGAUAUUCUGAAGGAAAUCUGUGACAAAAUCGACAAGACCCUGCUGGGGAAAAUUGAUCACUAUGAAGAGAGAAGAGCAGUUCAAGGACUUUCCAGUGGUUUUCAAGAAAUGUCAGAUGCUCGAGGGGAACAAGGAAGCCAACCCCAGAAAAAUGGUGAUUUUUACAAAAUGAACAGCAAUCCUCGGGGAUACUGCUUGAUUAUUAACAACUACAACUUCCAGCAAGCACGUGCAGAGGUUCCCAAGCUGAAGAAAAUGAAAAACAGGGAUGGGACGGACAAAGACGCAGAGGCCCUGAGACAGAUCUUCAAAGCUCUGGCCUUCUUGCCCGUGGUGUUGGAGGACCAGACGGCGAACCAGAUCCUGGAGACACUGCAGAGGUUCCAGCGGAUGGACCACUCGGCCCAAGACUGCUUCGUCUGCUGCAUCCUCUCCCACGGCAACAGGGGCGUCGUCUACGGCACCGACGGCCAGCAGGCCUCCAUCUGCAGCCUGACCUCUUACUUCACGGGCUCCCGCUGCCCGACCCUGGCCGGAAAACCCAAGCUGUUCUUCAUCCAAGCCUGCCAAGGGGAUGCCUACCAUCUGGCCGUCGCCUUGGAGACGGACACGGGGCCGGCCGCGGCCUCUCCCGCCGAGCCGGACGCCGUGUUCCACGAGCGGUGCAUCCCGGACGAGGCGGAUUUCCUGCUGGGCAUGGCCACCGUCAGCAACUGUGUCUCUUACCGGGUCCCCAGCACGGGAACCUGGUACAUUCAGUCUCUGUGCCAUCACCUGAGGAAUCUGUGUCCCCUGGGAGAUGACAUCCUCACCAUCCUGACCAAAGUCAACUUCGAAGUGAGCCAGAAAAUUGACUUGAAUAACCGGGGAAAACAGAUGCCGCAGCCCAUGUUCACCCUGAGGAAAAAGUUGGUCCUCCCCCCUCUCUGACCGGCUCCGACCGCUCUGGGCCCCGGGGCCACCGGGCUCGUCCCCG